UUCACGUUAGUCAAGCUAUAUCAAUCGUGUAGAAUAGGUGAUAUGGCCCCCGUCUGGAUUGCAGGUUAUUGGCUUGAAUACGACGAUGUUGCCGCAUUUCUGAAGAAGAAGGAUUUGUUGUUGCCAGAAGAGGAGAUGAACGACACCACUGCUCAACAGGUAUUCAAAGCGUGGGUUAUAACUCAACACAAAAAACCUACGGAAGACAUCGUGCCAUGGCCACAAUAUGCGGAACGCCAAGACGAAAACAGAAGUUACUAUGUUACCGGCCUGCAAACUCGAGUUGUCGCCGCGCCGGAAGCUGGGAAGAAGCCGGCCCUUCACGAGACCCCCUUUGAUAUCUCAUCCAGAGACAAGUUUAUCGAGAUGACGGGGAACUCUUUUGAGCCUUUGAGGAUGCAGUUUUAUGUCUGCCCGUCUUAUAACGUUCUCUUUCCUAUUCACCCUGAAGUCCCUCGCCGGUGAUAGCAACGUGCGAUUCGGACCAUAGAUCAUCACCACCCCCUGUCUCUCGCCACUUCAAUGCUAUGUUCUUAGUCGUGUUUUGCCAAUUUGAGUCUCUUGAGGGUGGCAAUAAAGUCGGACUCGCAUGUUUGAUUAAUUGACGAAGUUCCCAAACAUCAUGUGGACUAACCGAUCUGUCUUGUAUAUUUUUGCGCUCAAU